GGCGGCGGUGAGAGCGAACCUGCGAUUGAGGAUGUGAAGGAGAUCGCUGUCACAGUGGGUCAGGAUUGUCGGCUAUGGCACUAAGCUGAACCCACACAUGCUCGAAAAGCCAUGGAUGAAAUGAGGUGACUUCUCUGCCGUCAAAUGAACUGCCUUUCAAUGGAUACAAAGUACAAGGAAGAUCUCUUCAGAAAAUAUGUACAAUAUCACGAAUCCAAACUGGAAGCUCCCGACAGCAAGCAGCGCGCCAUCAACGACGAAUACCUCCGCACGGCGGCCUCGGCCCUCCUCAGCUUGCCGAAAAUCGACCCCCUUUAUCGAUUCCGGCUGAUCAGGUUCUACGACGUCUGCGAGAAUUCUCUCAAAUCUUUGCGGACGUCCAACCUGCGCUCCCUUCACAAUGCGGCCGCCAUGCUGGAGACGGUGGGAAUUAAUCUGUUUCUUUAUCCGUGGAAAAAGGAAUACAAAACUAUCAAGACUUACACUGGGCCGUUUGUUUAUUAUGUCCGUGCUGCUCUCAUUGAUGAUGACAUCAGGCAUGUACUGAACCAUAUGGGUUACAUUCAAGAACUUGGGACCGUUUACCGAUUGAAAGAUCACGUGGACCCCACUCAAGUCAAGAGGGUUUCGUUUGAGCUUUUCUUAGCACGCGUGGAGUGCGAGCUGCUGCUUGAGAUCUACUUGCAAGUGAAGGACAAAGGGUACCUGGAGAUCGAUGUCGUGAACGAGCGGAAAAACAGCAACGAAGAUGUCCGAGGGUGCACCGAUGAAAUGAAGCGGCGCGUGGAGUGUAAGGAAACCUUAAACAUAUCCAUGGCUAGGAUGGUCCUUCAGAAGUCGGCCAGCGAGAGGGCGCCCUCAAAAGAUUACUUCAAACAAAAGGUAACCAAACCGUCCAAGUCCGUCGACACGUAUGACAGUUAUUGGGAUAGCAAAAACAAACCUCCUCUGAUGGCCACGCUGAGUCUACGGAAAGAGCCGAUUCUGGUCGACGCAGAAGACGACAUCAAAGACGAAAUAAUACGUCCGUCUCCCUCCUUGUUGACUAUGUCCCCCUCUCUACACGGCUGCUCGGAUGAAUUUUUAAACGUUUCCUCCAAUCCAAACGGAGUGCUGCGGGCGAACCCGACGUACGGUUAUUACUCCCCUGAAGACGACGUAGACUUAUACACGGAGCAGGAGUCCAGAAUGGUAAAUAUCAAAAGGCAGGACAAGCCUGACGUGUGGCUCUACAAAAACGAGAUGACUCCGUCUUGUCACCGGCGUUCGCAUCUAGCCAAAGAGACGGGUUACGUGAAGUGCCAAAGCUGUGGUGUAUCCUGUGGCGGCCCUUUGUGCCAAAAAUGUGACGGCAUGCUUAUCUUCAGGCCAGACGGUCCUGCGCUGAAGCAAAGCAGCUUGUCCAUCAAAACUGCUGUUCAAAACGACUCUUACUCCUCCGGCUCUGCGUUACGAGAGAAGGCCUGUUACGGGACGUCGCCGUCGUCGUCUUCGCAGGACAGGGCUGCUCUGCAAAUUCCAAAAACCAAGCCUUCCAGCACCUUGCGAUGUGGCUUCUGUAACCGAUUAGGGGCAUCGAAUACUUGCACAAUCUGUUCCAAAGUCUCGUGCGACGCCUGUGUCGUCUCUUACUGUCGUGAACAUUGUUGCCGAAAAAGCGAUUACCAUAAGUUUGCACCUAACAAUCAGUUAAACUAUAAAUCGACCCCGAUGUCUCACCUUGUGUAUAGAUAGACUCGCAACAUCUCAUCGAUAAAAGGGCUAGCGAACAGAACCUUCUGGACUGCGGCGGAAAUAUUUUACUGACCUCUAGAACAAGUACGCAUUGAGCUGUUCGGGGGGUGGGGGGUUGGGGGGGGGAUGGGUCAUCUUAAGAAAAUCAAAAUCUGUGUUUUUGUGAUUUCAGAAACACUAUAGAUCCUUCUAGUCCUCGCUGCUACUACAGUGCAAUAAUCCUUAUGGGCUUGCUAUUUAAAUCGAAACGCACUUCUGGGGAGCCAAGAUCGCGCAUAUUUUCUUUACACAUAUAUUUCAAAAUAUCAAAUAGAAAAAAAAUAUGAGAUAGAAAUCGAGUAAUGUUCUG